UAAAAAUAUUACAAAAAUUUGGCGUAUACGAAGAAAAUUUUGUGAAACCAGAAACAGAUUCAAAACCAAUUUCUUUGCGUCAAUACAACCAUGAAGAUGAUACAAGCAUGGAUAUUAAUGCGCAAAAUAAUUAUACAGGUUCAAUGUCACAAAAUAUUCAGACUAUUAUCAGCACAACAUUAUACUUUUCACUUUUGUUUAGUAAUUAUCUAAGAAAUUUUAUGAAAUUCAUGAUAUCAAAAUCGAUCAUUCAGCUGUCUGGAAAGCUAGUGAAAUUAGUAAUGACAGAUUCAUUGGGUGUUCUUAUUGUUCCAAGUCUUUACAUUUAUACAAAAAUCAAUUAUGUGAACGUAUAUAAGAAUUUUGAUAAUGAAGAUCUACCAAUUCGUGAG